AUGGACGACACUUCAGACGAGCGCACCGAAGAGCUCGAAACGCUGCAGUCCAUCUACCCCGAGCUCGUUAUCGACCCUGCGACACCGUAUACCGCGGCGCUCGACCUGCUCGUGGCGCCCACCAAGCCACUGCCCGUCACGUUCACGCCCGCGCAAGACACCCUGCGCCUCGACCACCUUCCCGCCCUGCACGUCGAGCUCCACCUGCCCGCAGAGUACCCGAACAAUGGACCGCCGCAUAUCAACAUAUCGACUGCCCUGCCAUGGCUGCCCGCCAGCGUUGCCCAGAAGCUUGCCGACGACGCCAGAUUGCUGUGGGACGAAUAUGGAGGUGGCAUGAUCCUGUUCGCCUACAUCAGCUCGUUGCAGGAGCAAGCUGAGACGUGCUUUGGCAUUACAGAGCUCACGCUACCGGCCUCGAUGCAGUACGAGCUGCUGCACUACAGCACCCGCAUGAAGCGCGAGCUAUUCGAUAAAGAGACAUUCGAUUGCGAGGUUUGUCUUGAGCCGAAGAAGGGCGAGGCUUGCUACCGUAUGGAGCGCUGCAGCCACGUCUUCUGCAUCCCCUGCUUGCAGGACUACUACAACAACUGCAUCACCGAGGGCGCUGUCAACAAUGUCAGAUGCAUGUCUACAGACUGUGGUGGCGGCGGGGGGAAGAAAGAGCGCUUGAUAUCGCCGAAAGAACUGUUGCGGAUACCCAUUUCUCGACAGCAAGUGGAGCGUUACGUCAAUAUCAGACGCAAGAAGAAAAUGGAGUCGGACCCCAACAUCAUCUUCUGUCCAAGACAGUGGUGCCAAGGCGCAAUGCGGUCGGACAAGUACCCAAGGGUGACCGAUGUCAGCCAAAUAGACGACUCGGGCUCCGAGGCAGAAGAGGAAGCAACUCAACCGCGAGUAGAUGCUCCCGCAGGUCCAGAGAAACGCUUAGUUGGUGUCAGGGGUAUGGAUCGCCUGGCUGUUUGUGAAGACUGCACUCUCGCCUUUUGCGUCGUUUGCCUCUCGUCCUGGCACGGUGACUUCGUUCGAUGCGAACCCCGUGACGCCAAUCAACUAACCGAAGAGGAUCAGGCGUCUCUGAACUUCAUCAUGAAGAAUACGUCACCUUGCGCGUACUGUUCUGUUCCCUGUCAGAAAUCAUUUGGCUGUAACCACAUGACAUGCGCGCAAUGCAAAACGCAUUUUUGCUAUUUGUGUGGCGCCUGGCUGGAUCCAGGGCGUCCGUAUCAGCACUUCAAUGAUCCAAGCAACAAGGGUUGUUUUCAGCGACUGAUGGAUGGUGCUGAGGGGGAUAUGGCGAACGCCGACAUUCAGUUCGGCGGGCGUCGGGGAGCUGAGCAGAUAGCCGAUUUUUGGGAAGAGGAGGCAAUGCGGAUACAAAUGCGGAUUCAUGAUGAAGAUAUAGAGUAG